UGUCAGAUGAAUUGAAAAAUUGAAAGAAAGUGUGGAGAGAGCGUGAAGAGAGUGACAAGAAGCAUCAAAGAGAGCUUGACUACAUCGAGUUCAAUUCCUUAGAGCAGGUUAAUUACAUCUACUUCUAUCUUUACCUUCUUGCGUUUCAUCGAAACAAAGCAGUAAUUGAUUAAUCAAUUGGUUGUUCUUGUUGUUUGGUAGAUCGUAAUUGAGACGAUUCCGGAGUUGGUGAAAUUCUGUAUUUGAAUGGAGGAUGCAGCACUGUUGCGUUUCAUCGAAGUGAAGGAGGCGGCGUUGUUGCCAUUACUAUGUGAACGACACCAGAUUGGGGGAUUAGGGCAAACAUUAAUCUCGUUCCCUUUGCCGGCAACAGAGUGCCCUUAUCAUGAGACUAGCUUUGGAUUCAAUGACAGAAACGCGAGGAACAAUCAUCAGCUGAGAUGCCGAUACAGAUGCAAAAAUCCUUUGCAAGUGGAUGGAGUUGGAUGGUUAAUCCGUUCUCAGCUUGGAUGUGGAAGUUCUAAUAAUAAUAAUGUAAAUAUGCCUCUUAGUGAAACCAGGAACUUUUCCGCAUCACUCACUAAUCAAAAUCAGAAUUUUACUAUUAGGGACAUGAAUGUUAGGUAG